AUGGCGGAAUAUUGGAAGUCAGCACCCAGGUAUUGGUGCAAGCACUGCAAGGUCUUUAUCCGCGACACAACCUUCGAAAAAACUCAACAUGAAGCCACUGCGAAGCAUCAGUCGAAUCUCAAACGGUUCCUACGAGACAUACACAGGAACCAAGAGCGGCAUGAGCGGGAGUCGCAAAGGGCGAAAGAUGAAGUGCAGAGACUCACCAGCCUAGUCUCGGGUUCUUCCUCCGGACAGGACAAGUCAGAUGCGCCUUGGAAACGUAACCAGAAGGCAGCUGCGCCGUCUUCGCGUCCGGUCUCGUUGGAGGAGAGGAAAAAGCAAAUGGCGCAGUUGGCUGAGAUGGGCGUUGCUAUACCGGAUGAGUUCCGUCGUGAGAUGGCUUUGGCCGGAGAGUGGCAGACGGUUUCUGAGCGGGUGAUCGAUACGCAGGAUGAGGAGAAGCCAGAACACCCAUCUCUGAAUAUUGGAGUGCGAAAGCGCAAACUCGAAGGACAAGAGGCGGAGGAAGAAGAGGAGGCGCAGAGAGCCGUCAAGAAGAACUGGGGUUCCACAACACGGCAGUAUCCUGGUGCGGAAGAUGAUGGAGAUUUGGAUGCGCUUUUGGAGUCUACGAAGAAUUUGAAGGGCAAGGGGCCGGCGGUGAAAGUGGAAACGAAGACAGAAGAGCCGGACGAAUAUAUCAAGCAGGAGAGCAGUCCUCCUCCGCCGGCUCCCGCUGAAGAAGACAAGCCUCCUGCGAUUAAAAAGGAGGAGUCUUUCCAAGGAGUCCCAGAAUCUAUCCCGGAAGCUGGGAGCGAAGCCCAGGAGGCUGCACCGGGUGUUGUGUUCAAGAAACGAAAGCCCAAGUUCGCGAAGAAAUAA